AUGGCUUUGAAAAAGGACUGCAGCGCCAUCUUACAAAGGAAGCUCCCUCAGAAAUUAAAGGAUCCAGGCAGUUUUACUAUCCUGUGCACCAUCAGAAAUUUUCAGUGUGAGAGAGCUCUUUGUGAUUUGGGCACCAGUAUCAAUUUAAUGCCACUGUCAGUUUAUCGGAGCAUGGGGUUAGGAGAAGCACGCCCCACUAUAGUGAUACUACAGUUAGCAGACAGGUCUAUCAAGCAUCCUCGUGGGUAUCUAGAGGAUGUCCUAGUAAAGGUAGAUAAAUUCAUUUUCCCAGCGGAUUUCAUUGUAUUAGAUGUGGAGGAAGAUGAGGGCGUGCCUAUUAUAUUGGGAAGAUCAUUUUUAGCCAUGGGCCGAGCUUUGAUUGAUAUUUAUAAGGGUGAGUUAAGGCUUAGAGUACAAGGUGAUGAGGUAGUUUUUAAUGUCUUUAAAGCCUUAACCUACCCUCGUGCUAGUGACAGUUGUUUUAGUGUCAGUGUAUUGGAAAAACAAGGUGAAGGGGUCAGGUCUAUUGAGGACCCACUUCAGUUGAGUUUGGUUGCAAGUCAAGAGGAGUGUGAUGGUACUGAAGCCAGCGAAUAUGUUAAGUAG